CGGAAAAUAGGAUUUUAGUUUUGAGCUGCAGUCCUCUCUUCUAGACUCUGUGUUUUUGCGAAUCUGAUCCUGAGCGGCGGUUGAAUGUUUUUUAAACACAACAGGGCAGAGUAGCGAAAAGUGCAACGCAAGGCAAGUGCGAAGUGUAUCUUCGGGAGAAAAGUGCAGCUGCAGGCACAGCUCGCGAGCUCAAACGAAUGGUGUGUUGAUAAGUGUCUAAAAAAAGAUUUUCUCGCUCUCGGUCCCCCCGCCAUACCAACUCAUAAAAAAGUGCAAAUGCCGCGUACAGUGAGCGAAAAAAAUUCGCCGAAAAAUUUGAAAAAUUCUCAAAACACGUAAACUUUGCUAACGACAACGUGGGCACCUCCCCCACUUCUAUCAGUGAAUUGGAGAGAAUAAGUGGAGAAAGUGCGAAUCAAAGUAAUUCAGCUACCGCGUGCAGAGUUCUGCACCCCCCUGCAAAAUAUGGUCCCCCAGCACAAUCACGAUCUUCAGCUGGUAGUGUCCCAAAGUGUUGCUGGUGAAAUGAUGGAUACCACCGGUGCGGUGCAGGUGCAAAUUGGUAACAAUUCCGGAGUCCCGUUGACUUCGUUACUGGUUGACACUUCAAGACUACAACAGCAGCAGCAGCAGCAACAACAACAACAAACGGCACUAGUGAACGGUCAAACAGUGACCAUGGUGCAGCAAUUAGUCCCACCGGUGCUGUUCGGGUCACAAAUGGUGGACAAAAAUUCGAGCACACCCUACACCGAUGCAACACAGACGAAAAAGCACAGCCCCGGCCAUAUCAAACGCCCGAUGAACCCCUUCAUGGUGUGGAGCCAGAUCGAACGGCGCAAGAUCUGCGAAGUUACGCCGGACAUGCACAAUGCCGUCAUUAGCAAGAAUCUGGGCGCCCGUUGGAAGGCACUGAGUGAAGCCGAGCGGCAGCCCUUCAUCGACGAGGCGGAACGACUGCGGAAGCUGCACACCCAGGAAUACCCGAACUAUAAAUACCGUCCAAAGAAGAAACAGGUCAAGGGUUCCAGCAAGAGCAGCAGCGGCAACAGUUCGGGGUCUCCGUCUUCGGCUUCGUCCUCACCUGCCUCGUCCACGUCGUCGCGGGAUAGCUGCGGCAGUUCAACGUCGUCCUCGUCUUCCUCCUCGUCCUCUUCGUCGUCGUCUUUGUCCCCAUCGUCCGGUAAGCCACGGACGAGCCGGCGCAAUGGAAAAGUCAGCAAAAACGACAACAACAACAACAGUAGCAAUCUGAAAUCCAAGAAGACGUUGCUCAAAACGGAACGGAGGGACACCAACGGAAACUUUGAAGAGCAGUUCAUGAGCCCCCUGGUGCCGGCGAUAAAGCCAAGCUCGCCGGAAGGAGCGUCAUACUUCGAGGACAAUUCCAUGAUCUCACCGACGUUUUCAAAUGGAAUGCCUUUGGAGUUUGUCUCCAACUUGGAAGAGUUUUCAACGGACGAGUGCAGUAGGGGAUUCGUAUCGCAAAGCCUCUUUGUUGACGAUGAGGAUAACAAGAGAAUUAUUUUGAGCAACAAUCAGUACACGAAUGGUUUGAUCGAUACGAUGGAACAGAAUGGUGGAAAUCAGAUGAACGUUGACAUCAAAAGUGAGUCGUUCUUUGAGGAAGAUUGCGAAAGGUUUUCCAUGGAUGACCCAUAUCUGAACGAGGCCAUCACCAAAAGGGACGACAAUCCAUACUGUGGGAACCAUAAUGAUCAGUAUACCCGCUCGAGUCCAGUGAGUGUGAGUUCGAUGAACGAUGUAGGAUACAACGGCAUAUUUACGACGGUCAGCAUAGCCAACGGAAACCCCACCCUAGCGAGCUUUAGUGAACUGUCGAGUGCGGUUGCGUCGAACCCGCUGCUACUGUCCUCCGCUCACCUCAACCUCAACGGCCACCAGCUGAACUCGCUCAACUCGGUUGGGCAUCUAGUCGAUAAUCGCCAACUGCAACAAUCCAGCCCGCUCAAUAGCAUUUCGUCCAACUGCCAAUCUGCGUCGAUGCAGGAAACUCUGAUAGCGAGCAGCUGCCCGAACUCCCACAUCAACAGCAUCACCACGACGUCCAACUGCAACGGCAUGGUGCUGAGCGACUGCAGUACGAACGGCCUCAUCAGCAGUCCGGCGAUCGCCCUCAGCCAGCAGUCCCACAUCAGCAACCAGCAGCUCGUUCACCCCGAUCUCAUCGACAUGGUGCCGGAGGAUCUGAACGAUAUCCGGUUCGACGGACUGGAGACGGCUUCGUCGUCGAGCGGAUCGCAUCUGGAGUUCACCUGCCCGACGGAUGUCUCCCGGCUGCUGGACCUCAACAUGCAGUACGACCUGAACUAGGUUUGCCUGGUCGUCGAGUGGGUGGGGUAAGAAAAGAAGAGAGAGAGACAGCAAAGGAACAUCGAUUUGAGAAACCAAAAAAUUAAGUGCUUUAUUGUGAGAGAGAGAGAGAGUGAGUACGAGGAGGAGAGUCAGGUUUAUCGAGAGACAGAGUGGUAGCGAAAGGAUGUUUGUUUUAAUCAUAUAAGAGAGUAAGUUUUAAAGUGGGGGACAAAUCGAAAAAAAAAGUAAUUUAAAAAGUGUUGUGAUGAGGGCGAAAUUGAAAAGUUUCCUUUUCCGUUUUUUUAAUGAGAGCUGAAGUGGGGCUAGUGAAAAAGUUAAGACAAAUGCGGUUUUUAAUUAAUUGAGAAGUUGGGCAUGAUGGAGAAAAAUCUGAAAAAAUGUAGGGGGAGAGAGAGAGAUGACGGAGUAGCUAUGAGACGAGUACCGUACAGUCCCAAGCUCCGGCCAGUUGGUAACAUGGAGAACGCAAGAAAUUACAAUAUUUUGACUUGACAAAACUAUUGAGCCAUCAUUUGAAUGGCAAAACUGUGGAUGGAAAUUGGUAAACUGCUGGUGGGAAUCGCUUCCGAAACAGGAAAAAAAAUACCGGGAAAAGUUUUAUGAAUCCCCAUUUUCCUGCUUUUAAUUGAUGACUGCAACACGCUUUCGUCUUCGCCCAUUCUGUCGUCAUUGAGUUUUGCAAAAGUUUUCCAUCCUUUUUUCGGUCAAUAGAAAAGACCUAUUAAGAACUGGAGCGGGUGGCCAAAGGAGGAAAUGUGUUGUGGCAUUUUCCAUUAAGUCAUUACAUCAGUAGCUUGCCUUUCUUUCGCUGUUGAUUCUGUAGUAAAAGUUUGCGCACAGCAAUUGAAAUGCCGGACCGUUUCCCAUCAAAUCAUCUUGAAUUUGAUGAAGAGAACGGGAAACAUUAGUCCACCACCCACCCCAGCCAGUGCCGGGAAAAACAAACACACCGGCAGCAGCUUUCCAGGAGGGGCGAUUGUUUAGACAAUCGAAAGUCCCACGAGGAAAUUGAUCAACUGAUAUUGUUUUUCCCCUCUCGGUGAACCUUCUUGGGGAAUGUUUUUGUUUUUCAGCACUUUCACACGCGCCAGGCGCGGGACAAUCUCACGCGAUGGAAGGAAGAUGAACCGAGAGCGAAUCAAACGGAUCCCAUCUGCUAUCAAUAAAACUGAAUUCAAUGGUACGGAAAAGACCUGAUUUUGGAGGAGUGAAGCAAGAAAAGAAUCCAAUCCUCGGAGUUUGAGCUAUCACAAGGUUAAAAUAUGACGACAAAAAAAAAACUCCGAACGAUCUGAAUGGUGAACAGAAAAAAAAAACGAAAUAUGAUUAUUGAAUGAUUUUCUGUUUUGUUCGUCGUUCGCGUUCGGUUGCGUCCUACUUGCGUCGAUUCGACACUCAUCCGUCGUCGCGAGUCGGAGGAAAUGCUUGAUUUAUGUUUUGUUGCAUAAAUCAUGAAUCAUGAUCCUAUUAAAAGGAGAGUUUAAACGGCGUUUGGGUUUGCGAGCGGUGGGGAUUUUUCGGAACAUUUUCGAAUGAUGAGCUGGUGCCGUGCUACGAAUGACGAUGGGCCGCCCGAUCUGAAUUGUUGGGAGAGUGCAGAAGAAUACGGAAUCAGUUAUCGAUUGUGCUUUUGGCAGCUUUUUCUCGUUUUGCUGUCACUCGACUGUGUGAACAGAAGAUUUUCUUCAAUCGUCCGAUUGUUGAAGAGAUUUUGUUCGUUCAUGGCUGGCGGAGCUGAUGAAGGGCAUCUUUUUUAUUUCGAAGCAAUAGCAGGACUAAAGGGGCAUUGUUCGCACUUCUUAUUUUCAUAUGAUGCCAUUGAUGAAUGGAUCAACCAGAUCGAAUCUAUACCUAUUUUUUCGGAUUUGCUUGCAGCAGCUCAAAUAUGACACAAGUCACAGGAACUUGUUAUUAUCAAGUGUGUUGCUUGAGGUUGAAGUUUGGCAAUCGUAUAUGUGUAUUCGGUUGCGUUUGAUGAAUAACUUUCCGCGAUUUCUUCCAUUUUUUUUUUCCAGAAACUUCUCCAGAAGUUCUUGCAGUGAUUCGUCCACAAACAAAAAAUCCGGAAUAUUCCUCGGCAAAUUAAUUCCAGAAUCGAAACUUGAUCAGAGCUCCGGAGAGAAACUCCAAGAGAAAAAUAUUAGGGACAGACAUUUAUGAAGGCAUUCAAGAAUUCCUGGAGAAACUUCUGAAGGAAUUCCUAAGCAAAUUGUAUGAAGGGAAAAAUUCCAGGAGAUGAAAUUCGCGAAGGAAUGCUUGCUGAAAGAAUUCUACCUGGGUUGGAGUUCCUGAAGGACUUUCUGGAGGAGUUUCUGAUGAAUUGAUUGAAGGAACUUCUGAAGAACCUCAAAAAGGAGCUUCUGAAAGACCUACUAAAGGGGAGGAGUAGAUCCUGAAAAGUAUCCUGGUGGAGCUCGACUGUAGAUUCUGGCGAAAGACCUAUUGGCAGACUCUCUAAAGGACCUUCUAGAGGAGCGCUUGGAGGAGCUCCAGGAGGUAUUUCAGAGGUGAGCCAGUCUAGGGCUGCAAGUCUCUUCAAUAGAGAACAAAAAAGCUCCUGGAGGCCAUUUUGAAUGACCUACUGCAGGUCCUUCUGGUGGAGCUUCAGUAGGUCCUCCUAGAGAAGUUGUAAGAGGACCUCCUAGAUAGCAUUCUUGGGGACCUCCUGGAGUACCCACUGAGUUUUACAGGGAAUACAUCCAGGUGUUCUUUGGAACAUACUUCGAAAUUUGUCCCGAAGGAUUCCAGAAAGAAACUCUUCGGGGAAUCCUUGAAGGAAUUCUCUAGGAACCUCCUGGAGACAUUUAUGGAGCAGCUUCGGAUGAAAUUCAUUCGGAAACUUAUGAAAAAAAUCCUGGAGGAAUUGAGUGAAGAGGACUUCGGAGAACUUCUGAAGUAACUUGCGAAAAAAAUCCUGUUUGAAUGCAAUUCCUUCUGAAAUUGCUUAAGCUCACUGAGGACUUUCAGGACGAGAUUCUGAUGAACCUCCUGAAGGACCUACUGGAAAGCUCCUGAAAGCCCUUCGGGACGAGCUCCUAAAAAAGCGCCUGAAAAAUUUCCUUGAGAACCUUCUGGUGGACCUCCUGGAGAUGCUCCUGAAUGACCUCCAGGAGGAUCAUCUAAAGAAGCUCCAGGAAAACCUCCUUGAGGACCCCCUGGAGGAACUUUGGGGGGACCUGUUGGAGGAGCUUCGGGAAGACCUACUGGAAAAUCUGCUGGAGGAGUUCCAGAAGGACGCAGCUUCCAAGAGGCCCCAUUGAGGAUCCUCUGAAGGAGCUUGGGAGGACCUCUAAGUGGAGCUGCUGGAGGACCUCCUAAAGAAAUUUCGUAGGACACUGCAGGAAGAAUUCCUAGGGGAGUUCCUGGAAGACAUACUGGAAGAUCUUUUAAAGGACCUUCUGGUAGAGUUCAUGGUGAACCUCCUGGAAAAGUUCCUGGAGAAUUUCCUGGAAGAGUCCCUAAAGGACUUAUACCUUAUGAUGGAGCUCCUAGAAAACAUACUAGAGAACAUACUUCUCCUGGACCUCCUGGAGAACCUACUGGAAAAGCUCCAGAAAGCCCUUCUUAACGAGCUCCUGGAAAACCGCCUGAAAAACUACCUGAAGAAUUUUCCUGAGAACCCCCUGAGAAGACCUGGUGGAGGUGAUCCUGAACGACUUCCAGUAGAAGCCCCCGAAGGACCUCCUUGAGGACUCACUGGAGGGGCUUCGGGGAGACCUACUGGAAAAAAUGCCGGAAGAGUUCCAGAAAGGCCUCCUAGAGGAGCAGCUGGAGCAUCUCCUGGAGAAGUUCCUGAAGGACCCCAUGUGGACUCCCUAAAGGAGCUUCGGGGACCUCUGAGUGGAGUUGCUAAAGGACCUCCUGAAGGAGCUGCUAGAGCAUUUUCAGAAGGACCUCCUGGAGGAACUCUCGUUAGACCUUCUUGGAGUCCUCCUUGAGGACCCACUGGAGGUGCUUCCUUUGAAACGGGAGCACCCCCUGGACGACCUCCUGGAUAAACUCUUGAAGGACCUCCCAGAGGAAUUUCUGUGGGAACUACUGGAAGAGCUUCUGAAGGACCUCCUAGAGAAUCUCCUGGGGAACGUCCUAGAGGAUCUCCUGGAAGGGCCUCUUUAAAGAUAGUAUUUUAGAAGAGCUCCUAGAAUAACUCUUGGGAGCAGCUCCUGGACUUCAGGUGAGGAAUUUUGCAACUUAAGUCUGUUAAUUUGGUUAUUUAAACAACUGGAAUUGAGCAUAACAUUUAUAUGCGGAAUUAGUGCUCGUCAAGCCUCAAUACAAUUCUGUUGGAUGAUAUCAAAACAUUUGAUUUUGAACAGAUUUUUUAAGCAUAUCAUCGACUGACAUCUCAGUUAAAUCAUUUAUCUUAUAUAUUUUUCGUACACCGGGUCAUCUCUUACUUCAGCUUUCACAAUAUACAUUUUUUUCUUUUGUUUAAUUCAAAUUUCGUUUUUCGAUUUCAUCCAUGUUUCUGUAAAUAUUGUAGCAUAGUUUCCCAUUGUGUAGAAAUAAAAUACAAACAUACACACUUAUUUAAUUAUUUUGUUUUCUUUGUAUGUCUUGUGUCCAACUGAUUUGAUCCCACCUUGCGCUCUUUUUCUAAGUAUUUUGUGUAAUGUUCAAAAUUUCCUAAGAAAUAAAAAAAAACAAAAUUUAACAAAAAAUUAAACCAAGGUUAAUGCAAACAAAAACUGUAGAUAUAACGAAUAAGAAGAAAAGCUGAAUGUGAUUAAAAAGUAAUGGAAUACAAAUUCCGCAACCAGUCGGAAGUUUUCUGCGACAUUUAAUGGUAAAUUUAAAAGAUUGAGUAAAAAAACCUUACGAUGAAAAAACAAAAGGUAUAAAUUAUCAACUCAAAAGUAAAAAACAACACAUACACACAUACAUUCACAUACACACACUCACACAAAUACAUGCAACUUUCUGUUGUACUGUUGGAACACAUUUUAAUAAACGAGUAUAGAACCAUAGGAAAUAAGUUAGCGCAGGCGGUAGAGUGAACUGAGCAGAACGCAGUUGAAAUAUUUUCUAUUUGGUAGGAGUGAUGCGAGCAGCACACAUAUAAUGGCGUAAAAUACAUUAAAAUAUACACAACACUAUAUUAUUGUGGUUAUGAUAA